GCCACAGUCUGAGCAGAGAGCGAGUCCAUUUAACAAGCGGAGAAGCCGAGCUUUUAAUGGUUCCCAUCAAAACCACUAAAACAUCAUCACACUCACCGCGAGGAUUCCUGUGGCGGACGCAUGCGGCAGCGGCAGCGGCAACAGACUCCCAGCUGACACGGUCCGACCUCAACACACUGGAGGAGAGACAUUUUGGGAGUUUGGCCAAGCUCUUUACUUCCCCAGAGAGAAGAAGUUCGCCUUUGCUCAAGUUUUCUUCUUCUUCUUCUUCUUCUUCUUCUUCCUCUUGUUCUUGUUCUUGUUCUUGUUCUUGUUCUUGUUCGUGUUCGUGUUGAGUCAGGAUACUUGUUGUGGACAGAGCGACAGAAGUGGCCUGGCUCCUUAACAUCACCAGUCCCGCUCUCUGUGCCUUUAUCCCCCUCCCCGCACCGCAAACUUAUUCCCCCCCUGUUUUCCUUGAAGCGACUUUGGUGUUUCAUGUUGACAAAUGUUAGCGGUCGGGCAAAUGGACGCUAACCGGCAGAGUGCGUUCGUCCUGGGCAGCACCCCGCUGGCGGCGUUGCACAACAUGACCGAGAUGAAGACGUCGCUGUUCCCGUACGCGCUGCAGCAGAGCCCCGCGGGCUUCAAGGCGCAGCAGUUUUGCAGCCUCAACUCGCAGCUCCCCGGCAGCACCCCGCACGGAAUAAGCGACAUCCUCGGGAGACCCAUCAACGCAGCGGGACAGCUGCUGUCCGGCUUCCCGAGAAUAAACGGCCUGGCCACCACCGCAGCGGCCGCGGCCGCCGCAGCAGCAGCCGGAAUGUACUUCAGCCCGGCGGUGUCGCGGUACCCGAAGCCUCUGGCUGAGCUGCCGGGGAGGGCGCCCAUCUUCUGGCCCGGAGUGAUGCAAGGUUCCCCCUGGAGGGACCCGCGAGUUCCCUGCCCCAGCCAAGCAAACAUCAUGUUGGACAAGGACGGGAAAAAGAAACACUCCAGACCGACGUUUUCAGGGCAGCAGAUAUUUGCACUGGAAAAGACUUUCGAGCAAACGAAAUACCUGGCCGGUCCAGAGAGAGCCCGCCUCGCCUACUCUUUAGGGAUGACUGAGAGCCAAGUCAAGGUCUGGUUCCAGAACAGAAGAACCAAGUGGCGGAAGAGACACGCGGCGGAAAUGGCCUCGGCCAAGAAGAAGCACGACUCCGAGACGGAGAAGAUGAAGGAGAGCUCGGACAACGAGGAGGACGACGAGUACAACAAACCGCUGGACCCGAACUCGGACGACGAGAAAAUCACGAGACUGUUGAAAAAGCACAAGGCCACGAACCUGGCGCUCAUCAGCCCGUGCAGCAACAGCUCGGACACGUUGUGAUGCCCACAGUGGGAGAGAGGGGAUGGAGGGGAGGGUGUGGGAUUCUAGGGCAAACGGGGUCCAAACAGACACUCAUCGCACUCUUUCGGACCCCAUUUCCACCUGACGUGACGAACAUGCGUCUGUGGGCACCCACGACAUGAACUCACACACACAUACACACACACACACUCUGAUCAUGUUGUCAGUUAUAAAAAAGAAAGAAAGAAAGAAAAGGACACAAAAUGUCGGACUAUAUAAAAACCUGAGGACGGUUUUACGCAUAGAAGUGGAGUUUUAACUACAACAACAACAACAACAACAACA